AUGAUGCAAGAAAAGGAAGACGAGUCGAGCUCGAGGCUGCUCGCUGGCCGUGUGCAAGAGUCCGAAGAGGAUCUCGAGUCCCUUCAGUCUGUUCCCGACGCGAGGCAACAUGAUACACAGAGGAGGCGAGAUUGGAGAAGGACUGCAGCUGUAGUUGUGGUCUUCGCCCUUUCGAACCUCUUUUCCAUGCACUUGGGUGCCCAUAUGAGAUCGACUACAGCGGAUCUAGAUGGCGCUUGUGCUGCUCACACGACGCAAUGGUCGCCGGUAUUGAAAGACGUGGAUGUUGAAUACAACUGGAAGCAUUUCAACGGAUCGUUCCUACAGGAAGAUAUCUUUAGGAAGGAAGCUUCGCCAGAGGUUGAUGCGGCGUGGGAGUCAAUGGGUGUAGAUUAUCGCGCUGGGGUCAUAUCAAUUGAAGACGGCUUGAAGAGCGGCCUCGACAUGUCUUUUGUAAGAAGGUCAGAAAAGUACGGCGCGGGCUUCUUCGUCAACGUCGAGGGAAUGCAUCACCUUCACUGCUUGAACUUGGUUCGGAAAUCCCUUUACUACAAUUACGACUACUACAAGAAGAUGGGCACGCAUGCUUUCGCCAACGAGGAGCACAUUGUCCGUCUCCAUGUUUCACAUUGCCUAGACACCAUCAGGCAAGUCCUGGUCUGCAACGUCGAUACUGGUGUUCUGGGUCAGGUCUGGGCCGGCGACCCUCCGGCGCCAUUCCCGGACUUCAACACCAAGCACAUGUGCAAGAACUACGAGGCGAUACAAGAAUGGGCAGAGAAGCUUCAGGCUCCUCCCGUCGAUACCCUCCCUGGCGACUAUACUGCCCCUCCCGAGCCGAGUGAUGUCCUUCCCACAACGCCAUAG